GAGAAAAGAUUUGUUGCAGCAAAACGGGGCCGUACUGAAGGGAGGGCCUGGGCCAGCCCACAUGCCGACCCUGCUGGUUCGCAGGGUCCCCCAGUCCGAAGUGUGAACAGGUCCGUUUUGGUCCCCCUCCUUCUGCACUCGUCUCCAUCCCCAUCCCAAAAAGAAUCUCUCUCUCUCUCUCUCUCUCUCUCUCUCUCUCAAUUAAACUUGUGGACUACAUACCAUCGUUCCAACACCUCGACGAAACUUUUGAACAGCAUUUUUCACUUCAUGGGAUGACCCCAAUAUGAGGCAAUAAUCAAAACAAGGUGUAUAUAUCAGUAGUAUUAUUAUCUUAUCCCGUGGGCUCCUUUCAGUUCAUCUCCACAUCCGGAGAGAACUAGAGAAAGACUUAUAACCAAACAAAAAAAUAUGGAAGAAACUGCGAAAAACAACGAUAACAACAACAAGAGCAAUGGGGGAGGGGACCAUACCAGUACUGGUGCUACCGGAAGUGGAAUCAUCGGUUGGUUCGAGGACAUGGCGGAGAACGCGGGCCGAGUCCAGACGGAGAUGCUUCGCCGGAUCCUCGUGCAGAAUCACGGCGUGGAGUACUUGAGAAAAUGGCUGGGAGAUGACGUUGGUAGCGUUGAGGAGAUGGAAGGGAGUGUUUUGGAAUCGGUUUACAGGUCACUGGUGCCUGUGGUUUGUCAUGCAGAUUUGGAGCCGUACAUAGAGAGGAUAGCUGAUGGGGACACCUCUCCUCUGCUCACUCAGCAACCCAUUACUACUCUCUCCUUAAGUUCUGGAACCACUGACGGCAGACAGAAGUACGUACCAUUUACCAGCCAUAGCUCCAAGACCACUCUUCAGACUUUUAGGUUGGCAGCUGCAUACAGAUCAAGGGUAUACCCAAUAAGAGAAGGAGGGAGGAUCCUAGAGUUCAUAUACAGCAGCAAACAGUUCAAAACAAAGGGUGGCUUAGCAGCAGGAACAGCCACAACUCACUAUUUCGCAAGUGAAGAGUUCAAGAUCAAACAAGAGCAAACAAAAGCAUUCACCUGCAGCCCGGAAGAAGUCAUUUCAAGUGGAGACUACAAACAAUCCACCUACUGCCACCUCCUCCUCGGCCUCUUCUUCUCCCACCAAGUAGAAUUCGUAGCCUCCACUUUCGCAUACAGCAUGGUCCAGGCGUUCAGAUCGUUUCAAGAACUGUGGAAACAGAUUUGUGACGAUAUCAGAGAAGGCACUCUCAGUUCAAGAAUCACCAUACCCGAAUUGCGAGAAUCCGUUUUGGGUCUCAUCUCGAAAGACCCGUGUUUGGCCUCGCGGAUCGAAGCGAUUUGCAAGGAUUUACAAGGCUGGAAUUGGUUUGGUUUGGUUCCGAGGCUAUGGCCGAAUGCAAAGUAUGUGUACGCUAUAAUGACGGGGUCGAUGCAGCAUUACUUGAAGAAACUAAGGCAUUACGUGGGGGAUCUGCCGUUGGUGAGUGCCGAUUAUGGAUCGACUGAGAGCUGGAUUGGGGUGAAUCUGGAUCCUUCUUUUCCACCGGAGAAGGUUAAUUUCGCGGUAGUACCGACUUUUUCGUACUUUGAGUUCAUACCACUUUAUCCGCAGAGCCAGGAAUUCAAUUCGGUAGAUGAUGAUUUCGCGGAAGGAGAGCCAAUUCCGCUAUCUCAGGUGAAAGUUGGGCAGCACUACGAGAUUGUUCUAACCACAUUCACAGGGCUUUAUAGGUGCAGACUGGGAGAUGUGGUGGAAGUGACUGGAUUUUACAAAGAGACCCCCAAGCUCAACUUCAUAUGCAGAAGAAAGCUAAUCCUAACAGUAAACAUAGACAAGAACACCGAAAAGGACCUCCAGCUAGUGGUGGAAAGGGGGUCCCAAGUCCUAACCAAUAACAAGGCUCGAGCCGAGAUAGUCGAUUUCACGAGUCACGCCGACGUGGCCGCCUACCCCGGCCACUACGUGAUUUACUGGGAGAUCGAGGGUGAAGUGGAGGAGGGAGUCCUCGGCGAGUGCUGCCGGGAGAUGGAUGCGUCGUUCGCGGAUCACGGGUACGUCGUGUCCAGGAAAACAAAGUCCAUCGGGCCGCUCGAGCUGUGUGUCGUGGAGAGGGGGACUUUUAGGAAGAUUUUGGAGCAUUUUAUAGGGAAUGGGGCAGCUUUGAGCCAGUUCAAGACCCCAAGGUGUACUAGUGACGAGGGGAUUUUGAGGAUUCUUGAUGCUUGCACUGUCAACAGGUUUCAUAGCACAGCAUAUGGCUAGAGAAAUAAAUUAUGCGUUUGGGAUUCGGCGGUGGACAUUGUAUCACACAAAAUUCGAGUCUACGAAGAAGACGAAAAAACACUGAAUAAAGUUGACUUUAUUAGUUUGAGAAUAUUAGGGUUAUAGUCUCUCUGAUGUAAUCUUUGAACAAAGAAAGUAAAUCAUCUCUAGUUCUUCUCUUCGAAUGUUGAAACGAGGGCUUGACGGCUUGAUCUCGAUUUGAAGGG